UAGGAUACGUGAUCGAUCCCAAGGCCCCGGAAUAGCGCAAGCGAACCGGUAGGGGAAACCUUUCCGUGCCGACUUCUCCAAGCCUCCCCACCCACCCCCGCACGAAGAAGAAAUGGUUCGAUUGCGUGUGGCGGUGUUGAAAUGUCGAGAUUUCGAUUAAGAGGAGUCGAGAGUUUUGGUCGGCAGGAGGAAGGUGAGGUUUUUUCCAAGUGAUUUCUUCGUGGCAUAGAUUUCCUCAGAAAAAAAACGCUCGGUCGAAUUGAAAGAUCCGAUCUUGGAGAAGGAAGGCACGGAGGAGCCAUCCUACAGAUAAGUAAUCAUAUUGUUAUUGUUUGAAUGAAUUCUGGCUCUUCCCUGAAAUUUGUGUGAGAGCAGUUUGGUCUCUGGGUGCAAGAUUAGGUUUUUUAUUGGUCCGCAGGGAGUUUCGAUCAAAUAUUCUAUGGCAAUUUGGGUUGUUAAAUUACUUCCAGGAAUUUUUAGGGUGUUUCCGGUUCAUUAGGGAGGGAAAUAUGGGCUCUUUGAUACUAGAUUAGGAUUUUCUAGAUCUUAUUUUGUGGAAAUCCCGUUUGUCCUCGUGAAAUCCCAUUUUCUGCCUUCUUCAAGCAUUGUCUAUAUAUUUUGUUGCUUAUUGAAAUCAUUGAACAUAAGAAGCAAGCAACUUUGAAUUUGAGAACAAGCUAGCUAUUGAUUGUUCUUGUGAAGAAGGUUCAGAUUGUGUCUCUUUGUCCUCUAAGAGAAAAGGAGAGAGAAAAUAUUGAACUUGAUAAUUGGAAAUGGGUAAGCCAAGAGGAAAGAAAAAGAAGAAUUCGGGAGGUAAAAAUGGCACAGAAUCAAAACAUCCCAGAUCCAAUGAGCACAACCCGAAAGUCUUCGGUGAGGGAACAACAAUUUUUUUGGACAUGGCACAUGACAUGAAAGAGGAAGGCAACAAAUUAUUUCAGAAAAGAGAUUAUGAAGGGGCUUUGCUUAAAUAUGAAAAUGCUAUUAAGCUGUUUCCCAAGAACCACGCCAACACAGCGUACCUACACAGCAACAUAGCCACUUGUUAUAUGCAGAUGGAACCAAAGCAGUACCACCGAGCAAUCAAGGAAUGUAAUCUAGCACUUGAGGCAUCACCCAAGUACAGUAAAGCCCUCUUGAAAAGGGCUAGAUGCCUUGAGGCUUUGAGUAGAUUGGAUUUGGCAUGUAAAGAUGUUGAUGUUGUCUUGAAUUUGGAGCCUAACAACAUCACAGCACUAGAGAUAUCUGAAAGGGUAAAGAAGGUGAUGGAGAAGAAGGGCUUCGUGUUAGAUGAUAAUGCAGAUCUUUCACUAACGGAAGUUGUAGCAGUGAAAGAGAAGCUAAAGAAGAAGAAGAAGAAGAAGAAGAAGAAGAAGAGAAGCCACAAGGCUGAGGAGAAGGUGAUCACAGAGGAGAAACACAUUGAUGUUAAGGAACAACCUAUGUGGGUGGUGAAGCUAGUCUUUGCAGAGGAUAUAAGAUGGGCCCAGAUACCAGCUAACUGCAGCAUGUUACGGUUAAGGGAGACCGUUGGUAGGAAAUUUCCAAGCUUAAAGGCCAUCCUUAUCAAGUAUAGGGAUAGAGAGGGUGACUUGGUGACAAUCACUACAUCUGAAGAGCUAACGUGGGCUAGGCAAUCUGCAGAACCACAGGGUUCAGUCCGACUGUAUUUGACAGAAGUUAGUCCUGAGUGUGCGCCAUGGUUUGAAGAUGCGGAAACUAAUUCUUCUUCGACAGUGCAAGGAACAAAUCAUAAUGUUGCUGCAGAAUAUCAUAGCAUCAUGAAUGAUGAGGAGAAGAGUUCACCAUCUUACGUUGAUGACUGGAUUAUACAAUUUGCUCACUUAUUCAAGAACUAUUUGGGUUUCAGUUCUGAUUCAUAUGUGAACCUUCGUGAGCUUGGUAUGAAGCUCUCCUCUGAGGCAAUAGAAGAUACCAUCACUAGUGAAGAAGCCCAGGAAAUUUUUGAACUUGCUGAAGGGAAUUUUCAGGACAUGGCAGCACUUGCAUUGUUUAAUUGGGGAAAUAUUCAUCUGUCUCGAGCAAGGAAGAAAUUAUUCUUGUCAGAAGAUGCUUCCAAGGAAUCAAUACAUGAAAAAAUGAAAGAUUCAUAUGAGUGGGCUCAAGAUGAAUAUAUUAAGGCUGGAAAGAGAUACAAAGAUGCCCUAAAAAUUAAACCUGACUUCUAUGAAGGUUUUCUUGCACUUGGUCUGCAACAGUUUGAGCGAGCAAAACUUUCAUGGUGCCAUGUUCUCGGAAGCAAGGUAGACCUAGAGGCCUGGCCUUCAGAAAAACUCAUCGAGUUAUACAACAAUGCUGAGGAUAACAUGGAAAAAGGAACAAACAUGUGGGAAAAAAUGGAGGAGCAACGGAUAAAGGAACUCUCUGAACUCAAAGAUGAUAAAAGCCUCUUGGAGAAGAUGGGUUUAGAUGGUUUUUUUAAGGAUCUGUCUAUGGAUGAAACAGCAGAACAGGCUGCUAACAUGAGGUCUCAGAUAAACAGAAUAUGGGGCACUAUUCUCUAUGAACGGUCUGUUAUGGAAUUUAAAUUAGGUAUUCCCAUUUGGGAAGAGUUCCUUGUGGCAGCUGUUGAAAAAUUUAAACUAGCCGGAGUUUCCCCUGUCGACAUUGCUGUUAUAACAAAAAACCACUGUGCGAAUAGAACUUCCCAAGAAGGGUCAACCUUUAUGAUUGAGGAGAUAGUGCAAGCCUGGCAUGAAACUCAUGAUGAUAAAAGGUGGAUGAUUGGUGUCCCAUCUUUUCGGCUUGAGCAGUUGUUUCGCCGGAGGGUUUGAAAUUUGAAAGUUGCAUCAUAUUUUAGAAACUUUAUGAUAUAUUGUUACCACCAGCAGUCAGAAACAAUGAGCACUGAUGAGAACAGUGGAACAUAUUUUAGGUGUCUGUUGUCAGAGGUGAACAUAGGUCUUCUGCAGCAUGGCUGGUUCAAUCCUAGUUCUUUCUCUUUCUUUUUUUGUGGAGAUCAUCAUUUGCAUUCAACUGGAUGAAUUAUAUGACCUGUUUGAUGCUGGUUGGUCAUAAAAAAACUAUGCCCUUGAUUGUGUUUGAGCUAGCAUUAAUUCUUUGAAUAGGUUUCAGAAGGUUUUCUUUUUGCCUUCCCAGAACAUACAAAUACAUGGUAGAGUUUGUUGUGUCAGUGAAAGAUUGUGAUUUGAACCCAUCAAACUGUGAUAUGGUCAUUUGUCACUGCUUCAUAUCCAUCCUUCACAAGUUUGUCACUGAUCCAGAUCAGCAUAUACCGAACUAUAUUUAUCGGUCUGAUCAAUUAUUUCGGACGAUUUGAUCCGAUUCCCUUAAAUUUUUCAAUGUAUUAUGUGUUGGUAUAUCAAUAAAAAUCGUACUGUACAGUACAGAAUCUUUGUACAAAGAAAAUUCAGAACAUUUUAGUAUA